UUCCUCUCUGGCACAUUUUUUGGUCAAAAUAAUCAUUUUGUUUAAUAACUGCUUGUAUUAACUAAGAAAUUGAUGUCUAAGUGUAUUGUUUAUACAGAGCCUACAAUGUACAUUAGUUUCUAAGCUAUUUUUAUGAUAUUGUCUAUUUACUUAUUUAAUUUCAUUACUCAUCGUUAGCUUGAAGCUUUCUUUUCUUAUAAAUGCUCUGUGAGUUAAGUUUCGAUUCUUAGGACCCAGCGCGACUCUGGGACGAGGGAGGGGCUUGCGAUAGGGGAGGAGUUUGUUAAUGAUUGAUAGCACUUUUUUUUAAAAGAAGGCAAAGCAGAGAGGCGCUGGGUGGCUAAUGUAGACGAGAUGUAGAGCUGUACAGGCGAGUGUCAUUUUAAUAAUUCCAGAGCAUCUGUUUAACCAUCAUAUAACGUUUAUAUUUUGCGAAUACUGUCAUUUAACGACGACCUGAUUUAUUAAAUAAUGCAGCCUUAAUUUUCUCAUCACUGUUAUUAUUGUAGAGUUGAUAAUGUCAAAAAUGCAGUUACUCAUAAAAAAGGAGGGAGACGGUACGGCCGAGGGCGAGAAGGAACAACCGGAGCGCCGUUCGGAAUCGGCCUUUAAGGGGCUUGGAUCUCACUCUCUGAGUAAAGAGACUGUUUAUGAAUGGUUUGGUUUACAUCUGAAGCCCGCUUACCGUAUUGAAUUCAUAUACGGAUUGCUUCAUAUGUGCCAACCCUUAGAACUUCGCUUCUUGGGUUCCUGUCUCGAGGACCUCGCACGGAAAGAUUUCCACGUUCUUAGAGACUUUGAAAUACGAGCGAAUUCUCCUAGUGAGAUGGGUCUUUUGACGGAUGUAAGCGACCCAGUGACGAGAUCUAAGCUACUAGUUUGUCUGUCCCUCCUGGGCUCUGAUAACAGGGAAUGUGCUGGGAUACUAUUUCGGAUACUGAACCAUGUGGAUUCAUUUCGUUCACUGUCUGGGGACGGAGAUGGGACGCACAACCGUGGUCUCGAACCUUUGACUGAAUCACGCUCCGGGUUAUUUGAGCAGUUGACGGUCCUUUUCACUAUGGCAACACUUCACCCGGCCUUUCUUUUCCACCAGAGAGACAUACUACGAAUUAAACUCGAAAAUAUAAAUGAGGAGCGACAGACCAAGCGUCAUUACACCCCAAACAUCCAUCCCCAGAACAGGCCCCAGAAGCCAGAGAUCCCUAGCACAGAGGUUUGUGUGAAUGAGACAACACACCUCACCCCUGCCCAUCACAACAAAAAAGCCGAGAGAGACACAGUCCACAUUGAGAAGAUUGUGUUGAAGGGGAUCUCAUGGGGCAAGACUGAACGGGAAUACAAUUUUGAGGUGAAAUGGUCUGACUUGUCAACAAGCUCUGUCACAAAAACACAUCUUGAACUGGAAAACUUCCUGCUGAAGCUUCCAAAGGAGGCCUCCACAGACUCAUUUGAGAGGGGUAUUUUACAACUACUCAGUCAGGGCCAGAAUCAUCACUGGAGAGAAGUGGAGAGAAUACUGAAAGAGAAGUUCCUGUCAGCACCACAUGCUUUCCGUCAGAAACGGAAGGUGUGCAUCUUCUUCCACUGUGGUGUCUCACCAUUCCCCAGCCUAUACUGUAACCACGUCUCCUCAGGUCAGCCCCACAAAGAGGACUGCUCUGAGCCAUCAAGUCCAGAGGAAGAUAUGAAACCAUUUGUCCAGGGACAUCGUAAGAAACCUGGCAGCAGAAGCCCCAGUCUUAACAGUGUGGAAACCCUGAGACCAGCUCCCAUCUCAUCGAACAACAGCCUGGGCGAGUGGGGGAGAAAGGGCUGCGUGCCGAAACCCACCUGUAGCCAGAACACUCUCUCAGGCCGAGAAGAAGAGAGUUCAAAUUCCAAGCCAAAAGCCAGAACAGCCUUUUCUAACAGUGAGAAGGGAGAGAGGGGAGUCGGAAGAGGAGCUUACUUUGCCAAUGGGGUAAUGUCACCCCCAUCAAUACUGGGCCACUCUAAAGGGAAAGGUGUGUGCUCAGAUACUACCUCCUGCCACAACAUAUAUGGCGAGACGUCGUCAGAGAGCUACAGUUCCCCCUCCAGCCCCCAGCACGAUGGCAGAGAGAGCCUGGAGAGUGACGACGAGAAAGGCAAAGACACAGACAGCCAAUCAGAUGACUCCAGAAAGUCUGUUGCAGGCUCUGUCCUUGUCUGCCCAGUCAGAGGAGGGUGCGUGGAUACGCAUCACCCCUUCGUUGCUGUGGAGCAGUCUGGGCCUCACAAGGCCACUCUGCGGGGUCCUGCUCUGCCGGGUCUGCUGCACUUUGGCCACCCCAUGCCAUGCACGUUCCACACGCACACUGAGACCUUAAUUACUGGGGGCCCCCCCCAGGUGCCAAAUGCAAAGCUGGGCCCAGACUUGAGGAUGCCACAUCCCAUCAUGCCCACGCAGUCGGUGGCUAUAGAUGAUGGAGAAAAAUGCUCAUCUGAUGUCCCUUCUGCUGUCCAGCCUUUUAGCUCCCCGGUUCUAGGGCUACAGCCGGCUGGCAGUCCUGCUCUGCAGCCUCUCCUGCCACGAUUUAAGGUCACAGGGGGGCAGUCUGGUGCAGAGAGUGGGGUGCUGGGCACUCACCAAGCCCCGGUAGGGGCCAUUAGCGUUGUUCAGUGUGGCCCUGCUUACCCUCCAGGGCUACCUACAGCCUAUGCUAGCACAGAUCCGGUCCACAGCCCACUCACUCCAGCAGAUUCUCACAGCAAAUCUCCGGCCCUGACCCUGCCCUCCGCACUGCCACCCUCACUCAGCCUGGCCAUCCCUUCCACUGGCAUUCCCCCCAUAUGCGCUAUAGGCUCCAUGGGCACAGCUUCUGCUGGUCAGGCUCCAUCUCCAGUGGUGCCCACCCACACCCCAGGACCUGCCCCCAGCCCCAUACCUGCUCUCACACACAGCACUGCUCAGAGUGAUGGCAGCUGCUACAUUAACAGCAGCGCCACCAGCAGCAGCCUCUCCCAGCAGCAACUCACCGCUGCACAGCAGCCUGUGGGAUGCCAUGCCUGUGGCUGUCGGGGCAGCUGUGGCAGUAGCCACGCCCCCAGCUACUACUUCCCCACCCAGAUGGCUCCCCAGCAGCUCUUCAACAUCUCCCCCGUCUUUCCGUUCACCUCAAUGUGCAGCAAUAACUACGUCAGCCAGCUCAGCCCGACCCUCCAGAGCAACAGCACCAGCCAGUUGCCAUUCUACCCAGCUUGCCCAAGUGCGUUUGCGGGCCGGCCUCUGCUCCACCUACACAGCCAGUCCCACCAGGAACACAUGCUGGGCUCACAGGCAGCCACAUUCAGAAUGCAACAGCUGCCUGGCCUCAAUCGCUUUUACCAGCCCAUUUACAGUAGCACCAUGGUGUCUGGAGCGAGCAUCACCCUUGGCGAUACCGCUGGUGGAGUCAAUAAGAAAAAUGGCAGCAUUUCUUGCUACAACUGUGGAGGCAGUGGGCACUAUGCGCAGGAGUGCAAACAGCCAGCCAUUGAUGCUACACAGCAAGGUGGCUUCUGGCUGAAAUAUGCCCCACAUCCUGAAGCAUUAGAUCACAAUCCUGACUGAGGGUUCAACGCUUGAUCCUGGUUCUCUCCUCCAGUGGCGGUCACUCCACUCUUGGCUGAAGUCUUGGGGUUGUUAACUGUACAUACACAUAACUGCUUUUUAAAAUGCUUUAAGGUUGUGGCGGGCUGGAGUAUUUGUGCCUGACAUCUUCACCAAAGCAGAGAGACAUGCAUGAGCCUUCUGGUGAACUGAGGACUGGCACAGGACUGCAGGUCAUGCUUACUGAUCUUGGCUAUUUUCUUGAAUUUGAGUUUUAUGGAGAAAUGGACACAGUUCGGCUCUAAGGAUUUAAUGGGUUUGCAGGUAGUAUAUCUGCUUUUUCUCAGUGUGACCCAUUUCUAGUCACGUGAGAAUGGAAUGACUAAGUAGGGCCACUCUGAAGUCAAAAGAAGAAUAUUUCGAUUGCUGUAUGGUGGUAUAAUUGAAACUAUGCUUACAUAGAUUUUUGCAUAUAUUUCGAUAUAUUAUGGUUGUUGGAGUUGAUGUCAAAGAAAAGCUAAAAAUUUAGUUUUCCACUAUUAGAAAAUUGCACAUAUGUAAACUCAGAACUCCCAAAGGUAAUAAUUAAUUGUAGAGGUUUUAAAACUAACUUUUUUGAUUACUGAUUUUCCCCAAAGACUAUGUUUUUGUUUUUACUCAGGUCAGCAUCAGUUCCUGCCAUAUGUAUUUUAGAGUCCAAAACAGUAUCUGUGUUGGCAAAAUGCUGUCCCUCAACAGGAUGUAGCAGGUUUGGGAGCAUGAAAACCUUUUACACAAUCAUAAAUGGUGGUACUACAAUCGUAAAUGGUUAGGGUCAGGAUUAGUUUCUGCAUAUUAAAGCCAGCUUUUACCCCAGCUGUCAAACUGUUGAGUGACAGUUUGGAAACUAAAUUUUCUAUAAUUCCUAUAUUUAAGAUCCCAGGGAUCCAAGCAAAAUUUUCUUACAUGUUUUACAAUAAUUGGAAAAUUGUUGUUGUUGUUGUUGUUGUUGUUGUUGUUGUUGUUGUUGAGUCCUUUUGUAAACUGUUAAAUGUGCAGCAAUGGAAAGUUGAGCAAGCCUUUUCCCUCCUCGCCUGCUGCACCUCUAUGAAUGUAUAAGUUGAGUUUCUCAAUAGAAGGGAAUUUUGUAGUAAUGGUAAUAUUUAAAUAACUAACCUUUUAGAGCAUUUUCCAGUUGAUAUAAUGUGAAAUGCAUAUUGAGGCACUCAAGCAUCAUGUUUGUCUAAGGUAAAUGCUGCUAUUUACUUUCAAAUUUAAUUUUGUCUUUAUGGUGAUGUGCACUAUACCAACAAGAAGUCCUGAAGGCUUGAUAUGAAGAUAAAUUCAUAACAUAUAAGAGUAACGCUCCUCUCUCCUGUUAUACCAUUUUACCACACAUUCAGUAUUGCUCUGUAGGUAAUCCAUAGCAUAACGCUGCCACUAGGUGGUGCCAAAACGGCUCCAUCCUCCUAUGGUAAUAUGCCUUGCCAUAGCCUUCUGUUCUGACAGUGGCAAGGUUCUUUUCCUCUGUGUGAUGCAUAAAAAUUGCAGUGUGUUUGUUUUAGUUAUGUUUCUUUUGGUUACGCAGGCAUUCAGCCCACAUGUCCUAAACAUUGGUCCAUGAUCUGGGCUGUCUGCAUGUGCGGCAGUUUUAAACAUUUGAAAUAAAACUGUUCUCCAAUUGUUGCACUGAUGCAGAACCAAGUUUGGAAAUCCUGCAUGUUUGGAAUAUUUGUACUGGGAGAAAGUGAAUCACUGAACACUAACCAUUGUGCAAAACAAAAUGUUAAUUAUGAGCCAUACUGAUAGCUGCAAUGGAUCAGCUCAAGAGUGUUAGGAGGGAAGUGUACAGUGUGCCUCCCAAAUUAAGGCUCCUCUGAGUGUCUCACUUUCUUUGUAUAUUGUACAGCAAACAAUUUAUGACUCCAUUUAGUGGAGUAUUGGCCCCACGUCCCACCCCUGCCUCCACCAUCAUACCCUCGCAUUCCAUUCCCAAUGCCACCAUCACACACACCUAUUCCACUCCCAACCACUGUACCCAACCAUACAUCCACCUAUACCAAAUUCAUAACUACUGAAGAAUUCUGUUGCUUGUUAAAACCAGAGAAGAAAGGUGACCUUUGGAACACUGAAAUUCCACCAGUGACUUGGGAAACACACACUGUUUUUUGGUGAUGGAAUGAAUGGACACUCCACGGAAGACUGAGACUGGUGUGUGUGUGUGUGUGUGUGUGUGUGUGUGUGUGUGUGUGUGUGUGUGUGUGUGUGUGUGUGUGUGUGUGUGUGUGUGUGUGUGUAAGAACGUAAGAACCUGCCACUUGACCUUGUUAAACUUGCAGUUUGAAAGAAUAUUGUUCUGUAUCAGACAUAAGAUACAGGGUCUACCUUCAGUUGUAUGUUUACUGUUACAUUUGAUACGUUAAUGUUAUGUAUUGAAAAGGUUAAAUAUAUUUCAAAAGAGAGUUUGGAUUUUAUGCGAACUCUUCUUUUUCCUUGGAAUUUAAUAGCAAUAAAUACAUAUUAAAAAGGU